AUGCAUCAGCUGGCAGAAAUCGACCUCCUUGUCGAGCAGACAGACGGCGUCUCGGAUCUGGGUCGGACGUCGACUCAGCACUUUCUGAAACCCGCCGAGUUGAAGAUGCGUCUCCUCCUCCUUCUCCUUGUCCGAGCGCCAGCUCUCGCUCUCCUCAGCCUCCUCCCGGUUGCCUCGGCGACGGCCCAGUGGGGGCUCAGCUGCCGACAGGAGAUCCCGGCCGAGCUGAUCCGAGGCCUGUGGAGCCGACACAUCCUGCUGACCUCCAACCUGCCGAGAAAAGAGGACAUAAAGCUGAUGAACGCCACUCUGGACGUCUACAUGCGCAUCUUCUCCAGCAUCCUGCAGCACAGCCACCUGCAACACAACGGACGGGCCUCCAGCUCGGCGCUGCUGAAGCAGCUGUCCCCCUCCGACCAGAAAUGGGUGAGGUUGGUUCUGGAGGAGAAGAAGGAGGAGAUGGAGAAGCUGAGGAGGAACCUGAGCCGAGUGCGCCCAGACAACGAAGACAUGAUCAGUCAGCUCAGCAAAAUAAAGGUGGACGACCCCAUGGACCAGAGGAAAGCUCUGGCUGAGUUCGGGCUUGUGUACCUGGCGGCGUCUCGGGUUGCCCACUAG